CGGAUAAACACGAAUCUGCUGAUAAGAACCAACGACUCUAGAAAUCUUUAAAUGAACGUUUAUAUUAAUAAUUAGCGCAGUUUAUAAUGUUUAACAGCUUCUAAACAAAGACAUAAUAAAUAAUUAUACGUUAUAAGUUAAUAAUAAUAAUAUAUUUUAUUAUUCUGGCUGUGUUUGAAUCAGCGGAAGUGAGCUCAGUUAGCGCAGUGUGACCGGUAACCGUCCGUUACUGUCGGUUACUGUCAGUUAGUGUCCGUUAGUGUCCGUUACUGUGUGACCGCGGACGGAAACAGACUGUUAGAAGUCGUUAAUAUCAGAAUAUCUGGACAUUGAACGAGGAUGUUGAAGAUGUUGGGGGUCAGGUGCAUUGUGGGAACCCUGCCCCUGAGAGGUCUCCCUCGCCUCCAGAAGACGUUGGCGUCCUCAGAGAGGUUCCUUCCUCCCCGGCGGCUCCUGUCUCAGGACCAGAACCCGCCUGUGCGUUCGGCGCAGCUGAAGCUGAGGACCCGCCUGGCGGUGGCGCUGCUGUUCGGCGGCGGUCUGCUCGGCGUUUGGGGCUACGUGUACUCGGAGAAGCAGCAGAAGUUGCGGCAGCAGCGCGUGGAGCAGCUGAAGCAGGUGGCCGUGGGUCAGGGGAACUUCAGCCUCCUGGACCACAGGGGGCAGCGCAGGACCAAGCAGGACUUCCUGGGCAGCUGGUUGCUGUUGUACUUCGGCUUCACGCACUGUCCUGACAUCUGUCCCGACGAGCUGGACAAGCUGAGCGCCGUGGUGGCGGCUCUGGACCAGGACGCCUCGCUGCCGCCGGUGCAGCCCGUCUUCAUCACCGUGGACCCAGAGAGGGACGACGUGGCGGCGCUGGCCCGCUACGUCAAAGACUUCCACCCCCGUCUGAUCGGACUGACGGGGACGGUGGAGGAGGUGAAGCUGGCGGGGCGGGACUACAGAGUGUACGCCAGCGCCGGACCCAAAGACGAGGACGGGGACUACAUCGUGGAUCACACCAUCCUGGUCUACCUGAUCACUCCAGACGGGCUGUUCCUGGAUUACUACAACAGGAUGAAGAACCAGGACCAGAUCGCAGAGAGCGUCCGGAACCACAUCAGGAACUACGUCAGACUCGACAGCUAAACUGGGAACUGGAAAGGUCCGUGUUACAACCAUCCCCACACGCUUUGGUCCCGGGGACGAGGAGCAGCUCCUCCAGAGAAUGAGUUAUGACUUUUGUACAAUCUCUGAAUAUAAAGAGACACGUUAUAUAUAAUAUAUAUAUAUAUAUAAUAUAUAAUAUAAUAUUAUAUAUAUAAUAUAUAUAUUAUAUUUGUUUGUUUGUUUGUUU